AUGGAGAGCACGCCGGCGGCCACCGCCAGCUCCAGCGUCGUCAGCCAUGGAGUUCGUAGGGAGGGCGGGAGCCUCCUCCUCCUGCCGUUCCCGGGGGCACAGGGCCACACGAACCCGAUGCUGGAGCUGGGCCGCCGCCUUGCGCGCCACGGCCUCCGCCCCACGCUCGUCACCACCCGCCACGUGCUCUCCGUCACCCCGCUCCCCGGCGCGCCCUUCCGCGUGGCUCCCAUCUCCGACGGCUUCGACGCCGGCGGCUUCGCCUCAUGCCUUGACACCGACGAGUACUUCUCCCGGCUGGAGGCCGCGGGGUCCGAGACGCUGAGGGAUCUCCUGCUUUCGGAGGAAACGACCGCGGUGCGCGUGCUAGUGUACGACUCGCACCUGCCGUGGGCAGGGCGGGUGGCGCGUGCGGCCGGCGUGCCUGCUGCGGCGUUCUUCUCGCAGCCGUGCGCUGUGAACGUCAUCUACGGUGAGCUGUGGGCGGGUCGGCUGGCGCCGCCGGUGACGGACGGGCGUGAGCUGCUGGCGCGCGGAGCGCUGGGCGUGGAGCUGGGGCCGGAGGACGUGCCGCCAUUCGCAGGGGCGCCCGAGUCGCAGCCAGGGUUUUUUAAGAUGUCGAUUGGGCAGUUCGACGGGCUGGUGGAGGCGGACGACGUGCUCGUCAACUCAUUCAGCGACAUCGAGCCAACGGAGGCAGAGUACAUGGAAUUAACGUGGGGAGCGAAGACCGUAGGCCCCACCUUGCCAUCGUUUUACCUCGAGGACGAUCGUCUGCCCUCCAACAAGUCUUAUGGUUUCAAUCUUUUCGGCGACGAUGCACCGUGUUUGGAUUGGCUAGAGGAACAUAGCAUCUCCUCUGUUGUGCUUGUAUCCUACGGGACUUUCUCGAACUAUGACACAACCCAGCUGGAGGAACUUGGCAAUGGAGUAUGCAGCUCAGGCAAACCUUUUCUAUGGGUUGUUAGG